ACGUCAUACUUAACGCCGAUACAAAAGUCAUUAGGCUUCAGUCUCUUGAUCCAGUGCUUAGUGUUCCAGUUCUAUAGAAGCGAAGAAAAUGGUGCAAGUUCCAACAGUCACAUUUAAUGACGGAAAGAAAAUUCCAGUUAUAGGAUUAGGAACUCUGAAGUCCACUCCGGCGGAAGUUAUUCAAGCUGUAAAAGACGCAAUUGAUGUCGGUUACAGACAUAUUGAUUGUGCCCAUGUCUACGAAAACGAAAAGGAGGUGGGUGCAGCAAUUGCCGCAAAAAUCGCCGAAGGAGUUGUAAAACGCGAAGACUUAUUUAUAACGAGUAAAUUAUGGAAUACUUUCCACCGACCAGAGGCUGUGGAACCUGCAUUUAGACGUUGUUUGAAGGAACUUGGCGUGGACUACUUGGAUCUAUACCUUCUUCAUUGGCCCAUGGGAUUUAAGGAAGGAGACGACCUUAAUCCUGCGGAUGCAAAUGGCAUUAUCCCAACAGACUACGAUUACGUAGAUACCUGGAAAGCUAUUGAGGAAGUUUACAAAAAAGGACUGAUUAAGUCUAUCGGAAUCAGUAACUUUAACAAGAAGCAAAUUGAAAGGAUUCUUGAAGUUUGCACCGUUGUACCCGUAACAAAUCAAAUUGAAUGCCACCCCUAUUUGGAUCAAAGAAAACUGUCCGAUUUCUGCCACUCGAAAGGAAUUACCAUAACCGCAUACAGUCCCAUUGGUGCUCCAGGCAAGGCUCGUCUGCGACCUGAAGAUACCAAGCCUAUCGACGACAAGAUUGUUAAGGAUCUGGCAGUAAAAUACAAUAAAACACCAGCUCAAAUUUUAUUGAGAUACCAAAUUCAAAGGAAUCAUAUUAUCAUCCCAAAAACUGUUUCGAAGAAGAGAAUGAUUGAAAAUAUCUCAAUCUUUGAUUUUGAGCUUGCGGAAAAGGACGUCGCUCUUCUUGGUACGAUUGAUUGCAAUGGCCGAAGUUCUCCAUUCAGUCUUGCCAAACGCCACAAAUUUUAUCCGUUCCACGAUGAAUAUUGAAAUCAUUGAAGAAGAUCUAGUUUUAGUAAAUAGGUAGUUGUUUUUAAUUUAUCUGAAAUUAAUGAUGAACCACAGUUUAUUUGACAAGUAUUGGUAAUGUAGUUUGACUGUUAUAGACAAACCCUUAAUUUAGAACAGUUUUAAUUGAUUAAAAUGUAUUGCUUAAUAGUGUUGUACAUUUGUAAUUUGCGAAUUUAAGAUGAUUCUUUGGCUAUACAAUAAAAAAAAUAAAACGAUGAAA